AUGGCCCGCACUAAGCAAACUGCCCGCAAAUCGACCGGUGGCAAAGCCCCUCGCAAACAGCUCGCCGCCAAGGCUGCCCGAAAAGCGGCCCCCGCAGCCGGUGGUGUCAAGAAGCCUCACCGCUACCGCCCUGGAACUGUAGCCCUUCGGGAAAUUCGUCGGUACCAAAAAUCUACCGAACUUCUGAUUCGCAAAUUGCCAUUCCAACGCCUCGUCCGUGAGAUUGCUCAAGACUUCAAAACCGACUUGCGCUUCCAAUCCUCUGCCGUCAUGGCACUCCAGGAGUCGGCAGAAGCCUAUCUUGUAGGACUAUUCGAGGACACCAACUUGGCUGCUAUUCACGCCAAGCGUGUCACCAUUCAACCCAAGGACAUCCAACUCGCCCGAAGGCUGAGAGGAGAGCGAUCAUAA